AUGAAACACGUUACUUUAAUCCUCCUACUUGGAUUGGCUGGUGUAUCCUUUGCCGCCAUUUAUGAGGGGCUCGCUGACCUGCCCACCAGGCAAUUCGACUUUGUCGUAAUCGGAGGCGGGACAGCAGGAAAUGUUGUAGCCAAUCGUUUGACAGAGAACCCGAACUUCUCCGUUCUCGUUUUGGAGGCUGGUGAUUCGCAUGAAGGACUUUUAAUUCCUCAGAUCCCUGCUCUCGCUCUUUCUCUAGCAGGUUCACCCUUGGACUGGAAUUUUACCGCUAAUGUGGGAGAUAGAAGUGGAAACCGUACGACAAUCUACAACCGCGGAUUCGCGCUUGGAGGAAGCAGUACGAUCAAUUGGAUGGCAUAUACCCGUGGAAGUGCGGAUGAUUGGGAUCGUUAUGCUGCUGUUACAGGAGACCUUGGAUGGUCGUGGAACAGCAUGCAGCCUUAUAUCCGCAAGAAUGAACACAUCGCGCUACCAGCAGACCACCAUGAUACCGCUGGGCAAUGGAAUCCUGCUGCUCAUGGGAAAUCGGGGAUCAAUGCCGUCAGUCUAUCGGGAUUUACGCAUGAAAUGCAGAAACGAACGAUUGAGGUCAGCAAGUCUCUCGGGCCUACUAGUGAAUUCAAGUUCAACUUGGAUAUGAAUGCUGGCGACCAACUGGGCGUCGGCUGGGCGCAAUCUACCAUACUGCACGGCUCGAGGAGUAGCUCCGCGACAUCGUAUCUGGGACCAAAAUAUAUCGGUCGGCCGAAUCUACACGUUUUACUGCAUGCGCACGUAACACGAAUUCUUCCAACUGGUCCAAAGGAUGGACAGCUGGCGUUUCACGAUGUAGAGUUUACGCAAGACAAUGGCGCCACGUUCCAAAGUGUAAAGGCCUCCAAAGAAGUCGUUCUCUCUGCUGGUACUGUGGGCACACCUCAUAUCUUGCUCAAUUCCGGCAUAGGAGAUUCUGCCUCGCUCACCGGCGUUGGUAUCAAAUCUCUCCACCACCUUCCUUCAGUCGGGCGCAACCUAACAGAACAGCCUGCAGCAGCACUCGCGUAUAUCGUAAAUACGACCGACACGAACGAGACAAAUCUGGGAAAUCCAGCUUUGUUGAAACAAUGGAAUGAUACUCGAACAGGGCCUUUGGUUGAUCCUAUCAUCCUCGCAUUUGGAUGGCUGCGUGUACCUGAAGACGCGCCAAUUUUCAAGGAAGUAACUGACCCUGCUGCGGGCUCCAGAACAGCUCAUUACGAGCUAGCCAUGAUUAAUGGGAACCUUGGAGUUCCUGAGCCAGGAAAUAAUUACGUCACACCAGGAACUAUCGUCGUAUCUCCAGCCUCUCGUGGAUCCAUAUCACUCUCAUCCUCCAAUCCCCUCGUGAAACCUACGAUCGACCUCAACCUUUUUGACUCCGAGUUUGAUUUGUAUGCGAUGCGCGCUGCGGUUCGUAGUGCACAGAAAUUCAUGUCGCAUGAACUAUGGCAUGGAUUUGUCAUUAAACCUGCGUUCGACCUUGACACCGAUGAUGAGGUGGACGCCUUCAUUCUGAAUACCUCGGUAGGUGCAGCACAUCCGGUUGGAACUGCAUCUAUGUCUGCGAAAGGGGCGAAAUGGGGGGUGGUUGAUCCUGACCUGUUAGUUAAGGGUAUCUCAGGUGUGAGGGUUGUCGACGCUUCUGUUUUGCCUUUCGUGCCGGCGGGUCACACGCAAGCGCCGGCAUAUAUGGUUGGGGAAAGAGGCGCUGAUUUGAUCAAAUGCAACUGGCAGUGA